UUGUUGGUCUUGUUGGUGUGGAUUUAAAUACACCAACCACGUUUUCCAAGUGUAAAAGUGAAAUUUUAAACAAAACAGUUUAUUAAUUAUUAAUAAUAAUAGUUAAAAUUAAGUUUUUUAAUUAAGUGAUUUUUUAUAUCAGUUUUGCAAUAUAAUAAUCAUGGUGGCGAUUGGUAAAAAGAAGUACCAAUCAGGAGAAGGAGCGCAGUUCCUGACCCGAAAAGCAGCCUUAAAAAAGCUGCAACUGUCAUUAAAAGACUUCAGAAAACUCUGCAUUCUAAAAGGAAUUUACCCACGCGAGCCAAGAAACCGCAAGCGAGCGCAAAAAGGCAAGUCUGGCAUAAAAACUCUUUACCACGUAAAAGACAUUCAAUUCCUCCUACACGAGCCAAUAAUCUGGAAGCUCCGAGAGUACAAAAUAUUCAGCCGGAAGGUAGGUCGUGCCAAGGCAAUGAAAGAUUUCGCGGCAAUGAAACGCUACUUAGCGAACCACCCGACUCUAAAACUAGACCAUAUCGUAAAAGAGCGUUACCCUACAUUCAUAGACGCUCUCCGUGACCUAGACGACUGUCUCACCCUCUGCUUCCUCUUCUCGACCUUUCCAUCUCUGGCCCACAUUCCCCGAGACCAAUCUGUGCUCUGCCGCAAGCUAACCUCAGAGUUCAUGCACGCAGUGAUCGCCGGCAAGGCUCUGAGAAAGGUAUUUGUGUCCAUAAAGGGUUAUUACUACCAAGCGGAAAUAAAAGGCCAGACAAUAACCUGGAUCGUGCCUCACAAUUUCUCCUUCGAGCCGCAAUCUCGCGCUGAAGUUGACUUUAAAGUCAUGUCUACCUUCGUAGAGUUCUACAUUGUCAUGCUAGGGUUCGUUAAUUACCGACUUUACCAUCAGUUGAAUCUGUUUUACCCACCGAAGCUAACAGUCUCGGGAAUUGACAGCGAGAAGGUGCUAGUUGAUGAGGAAGCUUACGUAGACGAGCGCGUCGCUGCUCUAAGCAUCCCUUUGGUCCCCAUGGACUCUUCUGUUGAAAUAGAAGAAGUUGCCGAUGAGUUCCCCGUAACCGACCAUGAAGAUGCUGAAAAAAUGCGCAUAGAAGCCGAGAAAAAGAGGAAUUUAAAGACUUUGUUUAAAGAUCUGAAGUUUUAUAUCAACCGGGAGGUUCCUAGGCAGGAAUUAGUCUUCUCUAUUCUUGCUUUUGGCGGGAAAGUCUCUUGGGACAAGCUUUUGUUCGUCGGAGCAACUUAUGAUGAGAAUGAUGAAAGUAUAACGCAUCAAAUUGUCGAUAGACCUUCUAUGGAAAAGAGAUUCUUGUCCCGGUACUAUGUACAGCCUCAGUGGGUCUUUGAUUCUAUUAAUGCUAUGGAAUUGUUACCGGUUGAGGAAUACUUGAUGGGCGCCAUCUUGCCGCCGCACUUGUCGCCAUUUAAUAAUCAGUUUGAUCAGACUUAUAUUCCUCCGGAAGAAAGAGCCAUGCGUGAUCCUUCUUAUAAGAUGGCUAAUUGGCAAGAUGAGGAGGAAGAUGAUGAUGAUGAUGGUGAUGAUGAUAAUGAUGAGGAAGAUAAAGCAGAAGAAGAAGAAAAGGAAAGUGAGAAGGAGGAGGUUAUGGAGGAAGAACAGGAUGAUAAUGAGGAGGAUAAAGAGAAACUUAGGAUGAAAAAGAAGAAGAAAAUGCAAGUUAAACCUGGUGAAGUAGUCAAAGAAGAUCCUUGGGCUAAAGCCAAACAGGAGAAGCAAGAGUUCCGUCUAAGGGAAAAAAUGAUCCCGAGAAAACACAAAGGGCUCUACAAGAGCAUGGUCGCGGGUCGUGAGAAGCGUGCUAAGGAAAUAUGGCUACUGAAGAAGAAGCGGAGGAUUCAUGAUGAAGAAGAGAAGAAAAGUAAGAAGGAAGCUAGGAAAGCGAAGAAAGCUUAGAGUUUGAACAUUGUAUGGUUUUUAUUUUUGAGUAUCAAUAAAAAGAUUUUUUUCUAUAUAUAAA